UGACUUCUGUUUUAAUAUAUAAGAGUUAGCUACCGUGGAUUUGUGGCAUACAAAAUUGCCGAGACUUGACGAAGACAAUGGAGAAAUUGGUGAUCGUAAGCAGUGAAAUGAGAUUUACACAUCAGUAGAAGACGACAGAGAUGAGAAAACAUGGCGGAAAUUGUUUUAAGGCAAUGGAAACAGAACAUGAGGAAAACUAUGAUGAAAUAGCUGAUACAAACCAUUCAAUCAGAGGAAAAAAAGAUAUUGCAUGGUCCUAUGUGACACAGUCAAAAGAUUCAAGAGGAAAACAGGUUUUGGAAUGUGAGUAUUGUCACAAAAAAAAAUUAGGAGGUGGCAUUAAUCGGAUGAAACACCAUCUUGCUGGUAUGAAAGGGGAUACGGAUGCGUGUACGAAGGUUCCGUCAGAUGUGCGAUAUAAGCUUCUGCAGUCACUGAAGGAAACUGAGAGCAAGAAGAGGAAAAAUAUUCAGUUAGAUGAUUCUAACUUAGAUGGUACUCCAGUUCAAGAUGUUGAAGAUGUUGAUGCUGAUGAUAUCAUAGUUGAUAGUGGCCCAAGUCAAAAGAGAAAACAAGGUGUUGACUUACACGCAUAUUUCAAAAGAGGUGUCCAUGAUCCCACUCCACCUACUAUAAAGGCAUGCAUGCAAAGUAAAGAGAGAAUUCAUGAUGUGAACAUGUCGGUUGCUUUGUGGUUCUAUGACGCUUGUAUUCCAAUGAAUGCUGUGAAUUCUCCAUUUUUCCAGCCUAUGAUAAAUAAGGUAGCAAAUAUGGGUCAUGGAUAUGCAGGUCCUACAUAUCAUGCUUUGCGUGUUGGAUUAUUGUGUGAUGCUAAGUUGCAAGUUUCUUUGAUCGUUGAUAAGUUCAGAAGUACGUGGGCUGCUACUGGAUGUACUCUUAUGGCAGAUGGAUGGAAAGACACUAGACACAGACCACUAGUCAAUUUUCUAGUUUAUUGUCCUAAAGGAAUUACAUUUCUCAAGUCAGUUGAUAUUUCAGAUAUCUGUGGAAGUGUUGAGAAUUUAUGCAACUUGUUUGCUGAUGUUGUUGGUAUGAUUGGUCCAGAGAAUGUGGUUCAUCUAGUGACUGAUAGUGCGCCAAACUACAAAGCUGCAGGAAGGCUUCUUUCAGAAAAGUUUCCCACCAUUGCUUGGUCUCCAUGUGCAGCUCAUUGCAUCAAUCUGAUUUUAGAAGAUGUGGGAAAACUUCCAAUGGUUCAUGAUUUAAAGAAGCGUAUGUCUAAGGUAACCAUUUUUGUUUACAACCACAAGUGGCCUUUAAGUUUUUUAAGGAAAAGACCUGGCUGGAGAGAGAUCAUCCGUCCUGGAGAAACUCGUUUUGCUACCAGUUUCAUUGCUCUACAAAGCCUUUAUCAGCAUAAAGAUGAUCUACAAGCUUUGGUUACAAGUACAGAUCCAGAGUUCAAGAAGCUUUUAAAAGCUUCUAAAACAAGGGAAGUGAAAUCGAUAGUCUUGGAUGAGAGAGCAUGGAACAAUUGCUUGAUAAUUGUCAAGAUUAUGACUCCUAUCAUUCGUUUGUUGCGUAUAUGUGAUGCUGAUGAGAAGCCAUCUCUGCCCUAUGUAUAUGAAGGGAUGUAUCGAGCAAGACUAGGUAUUAAGAAGAUGUUCGAUAAGAAGCCUCUAUACCAGCCUUAUACAGACAUCAUUGAUAAAAGAUGGGAUCGUAUGUUGCGGCGUCAUCUUCAUGCUGCUGCGUAUUAUUUGAACCCAAGUUUCAUAUAUAGUGAAGAUACAUUUUCUGACAAGCCUGAGAUUAUGGGUGGGUUAAUGAGCAUAUUUGAAAAGGAAACAGAGCUUAGUAAAACAAAGCUUGUUCAGGAGCUUAGGCCAUGCGCAUCAGAGGUUUAA